AUGGAGAGAACGAGAAUGAGAGGUUACAAUAAGAUCGCAGGCGUGAUGGGCACUUAUCCCCAGCUCUCCAUUUUCCGAAGAUUCCUCAUCUCGAAUGCCAGGAACCUGCUCUGCCUCCAGGCCGAGAUUGUGAACCACGAGCAUGAUCUCCGGGUCGCCAUCAAGGACGACCGCAACUCGGCCGACCCGACGAGGAAACGGUUCGAGUACGACAUUUCGGCCAUGAAAGGCCCACACGAGAGCCCGCGGACGGGCCUGCAAUGGACCAGAACCCUCGAAAUGCGUGGUCUGCUCAGAGAGUACAGUCCGUGUCCCCUGCCCUGUCUCCAGAGAAUCGUUGUGUUGACAGCCUGCGUAACCAACCUAUUAGACACGGCCCUUCUUCAAUUUGCCUCUCUCUGUCGACUUGCUCCCGUCAACAAGUCUGACCUGGCCGUGCUUCACGAAUUGCUGGAGAAGCCAGACGGCAGCGGAGAGCCAUUCCUGGAGGCUCACGAGUACGAGACAUGGGAUGAGGAUACUAUCAAAGACCUGACUUCGGUGGCCGGACUGCACACUGAUAGAGACGCUCUCUCAAGAUUCAUCGACAAAAUGGUGAGAUCUGUCUACCACAAGCACAUUGGCCGCAGACUGCAUGACCCUAUCUCGGUGGUCGAAGCCUGGGCAGGGGAAGAGGGAGAAAAAGACAGACACAUCAUCGAAUAUCCUGACAGCUAUGUCACGACCACCAUCGACACGUUGUCCACCAUUCUGGCCUCGGUGCUCCCGACCAUCGCAGCCUUUGGAAUCUAUCUCAUACCUGAUAUUAUGACGAGGAUGGCGGCUAUCGUCGGGUGCACUCUGCUCUUCUCCACCACCCUCUCGCUGGUGGCAAGACCCAAACGAGCCGAGUGUUUUGCGGCGUCUUGUGCCUUUGCAGCAGUUCUUGUCGUAUUUGUCGGAAAUUGGAAUGUGCCUUCUUCGUCUUAG